UGUAUAGGGUUAGCAUGAAGCGUGUUGUGUUGGCAUCACAUGAAACCUGUUGAGUUAGCAUGUAGCAUGUUGUGUUAGAAUGUAGUGUGCUUGGUUAGCAUCAAGCGUGUUGGGUUAGCAUGCAGCAUUUUGGGUUAACAUAAAGUGUAUAGGGUUAGCAUGAAGCAUGUUGGGUUAGCAUGGGUCGGCAUGAAACACAUUAAGUUAGUAUGUAGAACGUGUUGGGUCAGUAUGAGGUGUGUUUUGUGUUGUGUGUUGGGUUAGCAUCAAAGGUGCUGGGUUAUCAUGUAGCUUGUUGAGUUAGCAUGUAUCAUUUAGAUUAAAGCGUGUUGUGUUACCAUGAAGCGUGAUUGGUUAGAUAGCAGGAAGUGUGCUGGCUUAGCAUGAAUUAUCUUGGCUACUUCAUUGAGAGACAAUGGCAGACAAGAUGUUUUGUGUCGUGUCAACCACGUGCUCCUGUACCACUAUUGUCUCCACUCCGAGGGGCGAUGGGGGGAGGAGACGGUGGUGGUUCAGUAUGUGUGUAUCAGUGUGUGUGUGUGUGUGUGAUGAAGUAAGGCAGCACAGACGGCCGGUGGUAAUUUGAUGUGUGUCCCCUGGGAUGUUUGAUGGAUUAAUGCUAAGCAGCUCCCUUCAUCCAAGCACCACCUGAUCUUUGGGGUUGGUGCCCCAUAUAUAAAAGGCUGCAGUAAUGCUGAGCUAAGCUUGUUCAGCCCCCCGCCCCCCCUGCUUUCGUGCCGCUGUGUCUUCCUCAUCACUUUCCAUCUUCAUCUCCAUCCCGUCUCAUGCUUUCUCUGUCCUGUCUGCUUCCUCAUCUCCUUUCCCAUAAAAUAUUUUCUUUCUUUGCCCCCCCUGCAAGAUUUUUCUGCUUUUCUAUGAGGGUCUGAGUUAGUUUUUCCUCAGGGAACAAAAUGCCACGCUCCUUUUUGGUGAAGCAGCCCAAGGUUCAUGAUUCCUUGCCUUGCAACUACUACCAGCAGAACCAGGAUGCUUGGGAGGAUUCCUACUCUGUCUCACAUGCCAUCACUGAGUCCACCAGCAACCUGGCUGUCCGUUUCAGCCAUGAUGGAUACAUCCGUGCCAUCCCAUCAGUGUUGCAGAACUCAAAGAAGUCCAAACAGACCCCUGGGUCGUUGUACUUACAAGAAUGUGUUGGCGGCAGCAGCGGGGAUGAGUUCUCCGACCAUGACAUGGACAAUCCAGACAGUCCGGUCUCCAGCACCAGCACCGUGGAGUCCGACUGCAGCGGUGCUGAGCUGGAGGCCAGCGCCAUCGAUGCCUUUCUCAUCUCUGACGGACGCUCCCACCGGAGAUGUCACCGCAAAGAAACAAGCGGCGAGAACGUGAGGUCCGCCGGCCGCAUACCCAAGUCCAAAACCGACGGCCGCCACGUGUGCAGCGAGUGCGGCAAAUCCUACGCCACGUCGUCUAAUCUUAGCCGACACAAGCAGACUCAUCGCAGCCUGGACAGCCAGCAGGCCAGGAAGUGUCCAACCUGCCACAAGCUGUACGUGUCCAUGCCCGCCCUCGCCAUGCACAUGCUAACCCACGACCUGAAGCACGAGUGUACGGUGUGCGGGAAAGCCUUCAGCCGGCCCUGGCUCUUGCAGGGCCACAUGAGGUCACACACAGGGGAGAAACCCUUUGCCUGCGCCCACUGCGGAAAAGCCUUCGCCGACCGCUCCAACUUACGCGCCCACAUGCAGACGCACUCGCUAUCGAAGCACUACUCGUGCCAGCGCUGCCGCAAAAGCUUUGCACUCAAGUCCUACCUGAACAAGCACUGUGAGUCCGCCUGCUUGAGAGGACACCAAGCAGAGGACACCUGCAGCUCAGAGGACUGACAAAGUAAAGAUUAGCACGCUAACUAACACAGCUAACUAGCACUAACCACCGCACACCAUCGCUAACCACUGCUAACCAGGCUUCUCAGGCGAAUCAGUGCAUGAAUCUUUUCAACAUUUCAACCACAUUUGUUUGUUCAUUAUCAUGGUUCCUUUACUAGCUAUUUAUAAACUUUUCUCAUGGAACGCUAACUUAUUUGUGUAUUAAUGUAUUUAUUUUUUUAUUUAUUGCUAUUUAUUAUUGGAUAAUUUUUUUUGGACUGAUUUUUUUAAAGCCAGGAUUUGGAUUUGUUGAGAAGAAAAGCCUAAAUAUAUCCUGCCAUGCUUAUAUUCCUUCUCGCUGGUCAGA